AGGAGAAACAUCCAUAUCAACGACAACGUCCUGCACUCAGCAUACGAGACGGGGGUGCAGAAGGUGGUCUCCUGCCUCUCCACCUGCAUAUUCCCAGACAAGACGACAUACCCCAUCGAUGAGAGCAUGAUUCACAACGGGCCACCUCACAGCUCCAACUUCGGCUACUCCUAUGCCAAGAGGAUGAUCGACAUCCAGAAUAGGGCCUACUUUGAGCAGCACGGCUGCCGCUUCACCGCCGUCAUUCCCACCAACGUCUUCGGGCCACAUGACAACUUCAACAUCGAGGACGGUCACGUCUUGCCGGGGCUUAUCCAUAAGGUCUACCUGGCCAAACAGACUGGCUCAGCUCUGACCAUCUGGGGCACUGGCAAGCCCAGGAGACAGUUCAUCUACUCCCUGGACCUGGCCCGGCUCUUCCUUUGGGUCCUGCGGGAAUAUGAUGAGAUAGAGCCCAUCAUCUUGUCAGUGGGAGAAGAAGAAGAAGUCUCCAUCAGGGAGGCAGCAGAGGCAAUCGUGGAGGCCAUGGACUUCAGGGGAGAGCUUGUUUUCGACACCACCAAAGCAGACGGGCAGUUCAAGAAGACGGCCAGCAAUGCCAAGCUACGGCACUACCUGCCCAGCUUCCAGUUCACACCCUUCAGGCAAGCUGUGAAGGAGACCUGCGCCUGGUUCAGCGCCAACUAUGCCAACGCCAGGAAGUGACGGGCCAACGCGGCACCAGGACUGGCAUC